AAAUAUCAAGAAUUUCUAUAUUAUUAAGAAUAAAUAAUAUUAAUUAAUGGGAUCAAGAGGUGGAUAUGGACAGAGAGGACAAAAAGGACAGAAAGGACGUUUUGAUCGAGGGCAGAAACAGAAACGAUGGGAUUCUCGUGGAAUGAAAUCUCGUGGAGCACCAAUACGUAAAAGAUUUAAUCGACCAAAAGCAACAAAAGUAAUAAUUGAACCACAUCGUCAUGCAGGUGUUUUUGUUGCACGGGGAAAAGAGGAUUUUUUAGUGACAAAAAGUCUAGUACCAGGAGAAUCAGUAUAUGGUGAAAAAAGGAUAUCGGUAGAAACAGAUGGAAAAAAAACAGAGUAUCGAGUAUGGAAUCCGUUUAGAUCGAAGCUUGCAGCGGGUAUUUUAGGUGGACUUGAUGAGAUUUAUAUUCGUCCAGGAGCAAAAGUAUUAUAUCUUGGAGCAGCGAGUGGAACAUCAGUGAGCCAUGUAGCAGAUAUUGUUGGACCAGAAGGGUUAGUUUAUGCGGUAGAAUUUUCGCAUCGUAGUGGAAGGGAUUUACUUCAUAUGGCACAAAAACGAACUAACGUUAUUCCUAUUAUUGAGGAUGCACGUCAUCCUCAAAAAUACCGAAUGCUUGUUGGUAUGGUUGAUACAGUAUUUGCGGAUGUUGCCCAACCAGAUCAAGCACGAAUUAUUGCACUGAAUGCACACACUUUUUUAAAGAAUUCUGGAGGAAUUGUUAUUUCAAUCAAAGCUAAUUGUAUUGAUUCAACAGUUGAAGCAGUAACAGUCUUUUCACGUGAAGUUAAGAAGCUGCAAGAAGAAAAAAUUAAGCCUCAAGAACAGCUUACACUUGAACCAUAUGAGAGAGAUCAUUGUAUAGUUGUAGGGAAAUAUAUAAGAUAUAGUUGAAAAAUUAUGAAAUAUAUUAUUAACUAUUAUUAAACUACAUA